GGAAAAGUAGAGAUUUCCUGCAAGAAAAAGGAGAAUCAGAAUCCUAGAAAACUUGUUCAUCUUCUGAUCAACAGAUUCUGUUCCUUCUCUCCAAGACUUCUAAAUUGGUAUCUUUUCCUAUUAGCAUAUAAAUUAUGUUUUCUAUGGUUUUUUAAAUGUACGUGGGGUUCAGACGAUAUGGGGGACCAACAGGAAAAUGAGAUUACUAGUUCUUCUUCGACAAAGAAGAAUAUGGAGAUUUCAAUGGCUGAAGCAUCAUCUAUGUUUCCCGGGUUUCGGUUUUCUCCUACAGAUGAAGAGUUAAUAUGUUUUUACCUGAAGAAGAAGGUUGAAGGGCUAGAUAACUCUGUUGAUGUCAUUCCCGAAGUUGAUAUUUGUAGAUUCGAGCCCUGGGACUUACCAGGUAAAUCUGUCAUUCAAUCAGAUAAAGAGUGGUUCUUUUUUUCUCCUCGUGGAAGAAAAUACCCGAAUGGCUCCCAAAGUAAGAGGGCAACUGAUCUUGGAUACUGGAAAGCCACUGGAAAAGAACGUAAUAUAAAGUCAGGUUCGACUAUAAUUGGCACAAAGAGAACUUUGGUGUUUCACACUGGUAGGGCACCAAAAGGACAAAGGACCGAAUGGAUAAUGCACGAAUAUUGCAUGAGUGGAAAGUCACAGGAUUUCAUGGUUGUGUGCCGCCUUAGAAAGAACACUGAGUUCCAUUUAGAUGACUCACCACGAAGGAAACCUCAAGAAGGCAGACAUCCAUCAGCUGCAAACAACAAUGCUGCUGCUUCAUCCGGAAUUGAGCAAACUGAUGCUUCUGAAGGAGCCCUGUUAGGCGACUGCUGGUCAAAGGAAUGUAGUAGCAGCAACAAUUCGCAUUCAACUGAGCAGAUUGAAUCUGGAUUUGAAUGUGAUGAUAAAGUACCCAACGAAUUGUCUCCUUACGCGUCUUCCAGCCACCAGAAGGAUUGUGACAGCAUUGAAGAGGAUUAUUUUGCUGACAUUAUGAAAGAUGAUAUCAUCCAGCUAGAUGAUUCUGCAAUCUACGCGAGUCCACAACACCUGCAAACGGUUGCACCAGAACCUGAGUCGCAGAAUAAGUCUAAGCAGCCAGCCGAAGAUACCCCAUCCUGCAGCCUUCCUUUCCAGGGCACAGCAAAUCGAAGGCUCAGAUUGGGAAGGCAAAAACUUGAAUACAAUGAAGCUCAUCCACUUAACAGGUACAGAGUCGACAAAGCUAACCUCCCUCCCAAGCUCGUCAGUCACCCAGAUUUGCAGCAGCCGCCAAAAUUGUUGGUUAGAUUAUUCUCUAACGUGGGGUCUGAGCGUUUAUCCAUAUUCUUCAUCGCUCUCAUAAUCCUGGCUGCGCUCUUCAUGUAUGUGCAAGUUGGAUAGUUCCUGAAAAGCAAUUGCAGCACUUUCUUUGUACAAAGGAGCUCCUGUAAAAUAGUCUGUAUAGAAACUGGGAUGCAUGUACGUACAUGUCCUUCCACUUUAUGGAGGCAAUAGAUAGAUCAAGAAGCUUGCAUUACCAUUAGAAUAGAUUCCUACUAGCGUAUAUUCUCAGCUGUCUAUAUAGACAAAUGUACAGGGCUGUACAGAAUUGUAGUAGAUGUAAAACAACAGAUA